GCGUGUCGAAUCGCAUUUCCAAAAGUAUAAACAACGCGUGAAAAUCAUAAAAAUAGUUAUUUUCAGUAAAAUCUUAGAUAUAAGAAAUAAAAUAAGAUGUCUGGACUAAAUCCAGUAGAUGUAGUUGAGGAAGAUGCUGCAGAUUUGCUAUUUCCGAAAGAAUUUGAAAAUGCUGAAACCUUGUUGAUAAGCGAAGUUCAUAUGCUACUGGAACAUCGGAAGAAACAAAAUGAAUCAUCAGAAGAGGAGCAAGAGUUCACUGAAGUGUUCCAAAAGACCUACAAUUACACUGAGAACUUUCGGAAAUUCAAGAACAAAGAAACAAUUGCAAGUGUCCGAAGUCUUUUAACACAGAAAAAGUUGCACAAGUUUGAACUUGCUGCUUUAGGAAAUCUCUGCCCAGAAGCGCCUGAAGAAGCCAAAGCAUUGAUUCCGUCACUUGAAGGAAGAUUUGAAGAUGAGGAAUUGAGACAAACUCUUGAGGAUAUUGGAACAAAGCGCAGUUUACAAUAUUAAUUAAGCAUUCCUCAUUUCUAUUUCUUUUUUUACGUCUACCUAUUUUAAUAAAAAACUUAAACAAUUUAACGG